GUUCAUUUUGAAUGAAUGACCUAGAUUAAGAGAAUUGCACAAGACCUCAAUCCCUCUUGAGCCACUCAAACUGACAUUGGUUUUUCACUUCUAGAAAACGAGUUGCAGAAGCAUCUAUUGCACUAAAUGACAUCAUGCAUUCAUACCAUCUCCUAAACGGAAUUAUUGUCAUCAGCUGGAUUACAUAAGCAGAUGCAAUGAGUUUGGUGAACCAAGUGGUCUCACAAUUUUGCUUUAUACUUGGAAAUUAUCAGUCAGAGCCCAAAUGACUUAAAUGGCCAAGGGAGGGACAGAAAGCCCUGCGCUUCCCAUAUACUUUCCCUCUGCCUAAACAAACUCUGAGAAAUCUCGUUGUUUCUCAAAUGGGUCUCACACAGUUACUCAAUUUCCUACAAAAAGCAUCCAAAAAUAGAAGACCCAUCAAUCGCUUGCCUAAUAUUUCUUGUAAACCAACAACUCAAACUGUUCCUCUUAGAUCGUUUGCCUCUACGAUUAAAAACCCAUUUGAGACCAAUGACAAGAACGUAGAUGUUAUGGUAAGCGACGGAGUUCUUGAAGCCGCUGAAAGCAUUUGUAAAAUAGUAUCAAAAAGCUCUGGCUCUUCUGUAGAGGCCUCCCUCGCUCGCGCUUCGAUUGAGGUAUCGCCGGUGCUGGUUGUGGAGGUCUUGAAGAAGCUGGGCAAUGCGGGUGCUCUUGCACUAUCUUUCUUCAAGUGGGCUGAGAAGCAAAAGGGGUUUAAGUAUAGUACUGAGAGUUAUAAUGCUUUGAUUGAGGCUCUGGGUAAGAUAAAACAGUUCAAGCUGAUAUGGGAUUUGGUGAGUGACAUGAAGCGUAAAGGGCAGUUGAGUAAAGAGACUUUUGCCUUGAUUGUGCGGAGAUAUGCGAGAGCGAGGAUGGUUAAAGAAGCCAUAGAGGCGUUUGAGAAGAUGGAGAAGUUUGGAAUGAAGUUGGAAGUGUCGGAUUACAACAGAUUGAUUGAUACUUUGAGCAAGUCAAGACAUGCAGAGAAAGCCCAAGAGGUGUUUGAUAAAAUGAAGAAGAGAAGGUUCGCCCCGGAUAUCAAGUCAUACACAAUUUUGUUGGAGGGAUGGGGUCAAGAACAGAAUUUGUUGAGGUUGAAUGAGGUUUAUAGGGAGAUGAGGGACGAAGGGUUUGAGCCGGAUGUGGUGACUUAUGGUAUAAUUAUCAAUGCGCAUUGCAAGGCCAGGAAGUAUGAUGAAGCAAUUGAGUUGUUUCGUGAAAUGGAAGCAAAAAACUGCAAGCCAAGCCCUCAUGUAUUUUGUACAUUGAUUAAUGGUUUGGGUUCUGAGAGGAGGUUGAGUGAAGCAGUCGAGUUUUUUGAACGAUCUAAGGCUUGUGGUUUUGCACCGGAGGCGCCCACUUACAAUGCUCUCGUGGGGGCUUACUGUUGGUCGGUGCGGAUGUAUGAUGCGUAUAGGGUGGUUGAUGAGAUGAGAAAAUGUGGAGUCGGUCCGAAUUCUCGAACAUAUGAUAUCGUUUUACAUCACUUGAUAAAGUCUCGCAGAACCAAAGAAGCUUUCACAAUUUUCCAGAGAAUGAGUAGCGAACCUGGCUGUGAACCAACCGUGGGUACAUACGAGAUCAUUGUUAGGAUGUUCUGUAAGGAAGAGCGAGUGGACAUGGCAAUGAGGGUUUGGGAUCAGAUGAAGGCCAAGGGAGUCCUACCUGGAAUGCACAUGUUCUCUACAUUGAUCAACAGCUUGUGCCGCGAGAACAAACUAGAUGAUGCUUGCAAAUACUUUGAUGAGAUGUUGGAUGUGGGUAUUCGGCCUCCAGCACAGUUGUUUAGCAAUCUGAAACAAGCUCUUCUUGACGAGGGGAAGAAGGAUACUGUUCUCAUUUUGUCUCAGAAGAUUGAUAAACUACGAAAAACGGCGUUAGUAGGGUGAGGCGAUUGCAAGAUUACACAACUCAUCGGCUGGAUUCAGAGGAUCUAGUUUGCCAAUCGAUAUUGCUUUCCAUAUGUAUUUACUAUGAACCUAUUUUUGAAGGUUCUUUAAUUAUAAAAUUUUUGGAUCAA